UACCCGGGACCGAAAAGCAUCACUGCCGGGAAAGCGGGUCCAGAUUCCCGCAGAGCAAGGAAGCGUAUAUAGAGAUGGCGGCCACCCUGGGAAGCCUGGUGUCCGAGACGAAGCGGAACAGGCUAUCUCUGAUUGGGUCGCUGACGGAGGACGCGGUGCUCCACGUAUGGGACAAGGUGGCUCAGUUCGUGGAGACGCAUAUGCUUCAGCAAAAAGGAGUUAGUAUCGGUGGUCUGGGGACAUUCACAUUCUCCAAGAGAAAGCUCGAGGUUGGUAAUAACAGGGCCAUCCUCAUCCAACGACCCGUGUUUGUGCUGUCCGAGAGGUUCAAACAGACACACUCCCUCCACUGUGUCAAGAAACAUGCUUCAGGGCAAGUUCCUCUGCACCCUCUCAACUACACCCAGCUGUCCAACAUGACGGGGGUGAGGAGGGAGAUGGUGGAGGGAGCGGUGAGAGAGGUACUGCAGGCUCUGUCACGGGCCGUCGCCGCAAAGAAGAGCAUCGAAUUUGACCUCAAAGAUAUUGGGAGGCUCACCAUUCACGAUGGGAAGGCAAAGCUGAGUUUCUUCCGAGAGUUCAUUUACCGACUGGACGGCUGCUGUGACAUGGAGGGAGCAUUCAGGAGCUCCAGUACUGACAGCAGCAUCUGCUCCAUCAUCAGCAACCCCCAGCCCUCCUCCAGAUCCUCUUCCUCCCUCUCCCUGCCCCGGAUUGUCCAACCUGUCGUUGGCGAAGAAGACGGGGAGAUGAGCCUGAGUCUUGAGUAUAGCAGAGGCAGUUCUGGUGAAAAUUCCCCCUCCAUUGGUCACAGCCCCUCCACUUACGAGGAGACGCGACUCAGUCGGCAAAUGGACAGAGGGGCCCUGAGAAUGGCGACGAUCUGCGAGGAAGACGAACACGGCGAAAAAGAAGAGGCAAACGCAUGCCAAGAUGGUGUCUGUAUAGUUGGCGAAAAUGGCAAAAUCUUGAGUAAAGGUCAACGAGCUGAACCGCCACCGUCUGACAAAAAGCCUACCAAAAGCACAUCCUCUGGGAAGCUGUCUCAACCGACGCUGACUCCCAAACCGACAAUGCUGCUCGUGGGCAGCAGAGAAUCUCCAACAGCUGUCCUGGCGUCUCUGAGCCACCAGCCCAGCCGGGGGAGCCUGUCGACCUCGUCUCAACAGACUGGAGUAGCAGUGAGGGACGGGGAGUUUCAGAGCAGGAGCUACACCAGGACCACCACCAGUAGUUCCAGUGGUGGUGGGGGAAGGAGUAGCAGACGAACCUCCACCUCCUGUACCAGCAGAUCCUGCUAUUGCUCAUUGGGACCAACACCGGCAGUGACUCGACCCUCAACCUGCUCCCACAAGAGCUCGGCUGGCCAGGAGCUGUGCUAUCUCUGCCACCAGAGAGCUCUGCUGAACAUACCUGUCAACCUAUCCAAGGAGAGAGCUGCCAAAGAAAAAACGUACAAUGAUACUCUGCACGAGUACCAGCGUCGUCAUGAGCUGUUGGCUAUGGCGAGAGCACAGGCAGACAGGACAAAGAGAAGACUACAAGACCAGGAGAUGGCCUCUUUCAACCAGUCCAUUGCCACCACAAUCAAGAGUCAGAAAGAAGCGAAAUCUUCGGAAAUGGAUCCGUCGUACAUAUUCAGCGACCGUCUGGUGACGCCAGCUCCACAGGCCAGUCAGCAGCGCUACUGCAGAGACCUGGACUCUCAGGUGGAGAGUAAACUAUCUCGCCAGACGAGGGAGAGAGAGGAGGCAGAGAGGAGUGGGAGAGAGGAACAGGAGAGACUGACUAAAGAACUGGCUGCCUAUGAGGAGUUGUACAAGAGAAUGAAGGUACAGGCGGUGGAUGACUACAAGGGAGCUCUCAACAAACAGGUUGGUCUCAAGUUAGCCAGGAAUGGUUGUGAGGCUCGACUGGCUGGCCAGGAACUGGAGGGUCGUCAGCCGGCACUCCCUCAGUCCUCCUCCGCUCUCAAGGUCAACACACUGCGCCCCUUCACUCCUCCUCCCCACACUGAUCCCAACAACACUCACAGUAGUAAAAUGAGGCCAAUGACCGAAGGCGGCUCCAAAGAGGCCCCACCCACCGACCACGCCCCCAAGACACACCCCCCGGUGUUUGGGGUCCAGCAGACGGCGUCUCUCCUGGAGUCCAGGGAGAGAGGCAGAGCCAAGGAGUUCUUCCUGGACCAGCUGGCCGUGGUGGAGGAGAAACAGAGGAGGACGAGGGAGAAGGUUCUCAGGACACUGCAGCAGGAGUCCGACAUGCUCAAGACUACCAAGAAGGGUAUGUACGUGUAAGAGUUGACCCACAGCUUCACAAUAGGAAUUCUGUGGGGUAUUCGGAAAUUGACAGAAAUAUUUUGAUGUGGCUCCUCAAAAAGGAGCCACUUUCUUAUAAACUUAAAUAUAUCCCAUGACUUGUCCAACAAUGGACUCGUGGAGAAAUACAUACGUUUAUGCAAUGCAGCACGGUUAGUCAUUACAGUGUAGUGUGUAUCAUCAGCCUCCUAUUAUGUAAGAACUGUUAGUGAGCGUCCCCCCCCAUAUACCUGUCAAUCAUCAACGCCAACAGACUAAAGGAGGACAUGAGGAGAGAGAAGAGUCGUCGAGUGGAGGCGAGGCAGGCGCUGGAAGAGGAGUGGCUGGCCAGCAUGAGGGACAAACAGAAGAGACUGCUGGAGGACCUCCAUAAAACCAGGGAGCAAGGCGUCAGACUUCACCAGCAGUGCGAGCGAUACCACAGGUGCAAGCAAUGUCAGCGGAAGAGAGAGAACAUGGGCAAGUCAAACAUUCUCCACGAGACUCGCUAUAUCUCUGGAUCCAGGCUGAUGGUCUGAGCGACGGACAUGCUACUGUGGCGGGUUUCUCUUCUGUGUGGACAUUAGCUGUUUGCUGUGUCACUUUGCUUGUGUGGUUCACAGAUAU